GGCUGUGGCAGGGAAGGGGCCACCAUGGGAUGUACUCUGAGCGCAGAGGAGAGAGCCGCCCUCGAGCGGAGCAAGGCGAUUGAGAAAAACCUCAAAGAAGAUGGCAUCAGCGCCGCCAAAGACGUGAAAUUACUCCUGCUGGGGGCUGGAGAAUCAGGAAAAAGCACCAUUGUGAAGCAAAUGAAGAUCAUCCAUGAAGACGGCUUCUCUGGAGAAGAUGUAAAGCAGUACAAGCCUGUUGUCUACAGCAACACCAUCCAGUCUCUGGCAGCCAUUGUCCGGGCCAUGGAUACUUUGGGCGUGGAGUAUGGUGAUAAGGAGAGAAAGGCGGACUCCAAGAUGGUGUGUGAUGUGGUGAGCCGUAUGGAAGACACUGAACCGUUCUCUGCAGAACUGCUUUCUGCCAUGAUGCGACUCUGGGGUGACUCUGGGAUCCAGGAGUGCUUCAACCGAUCUCGGGAGUAUCAGCUCAACGAUUCUGCCAAAUACUACCUGGACAGCCUGGAUCGGAUUGGAGCCGCUGACUACCAGCCCACUGAGCAGGACAUCCUCCGAACCAGGGUCAAAACCACCGGCAUUGUAGAAACCCACUUCACAUUCAAGAACCUCCACUUCAGGCUGUUUGACGUUGGGGGCCAGCGAUCUGAACGCAAGAAGUGGAUCCACUGCUUUGAGGAUGUCACGGCCAUCAUCUUCUGUGUCGCACUCAGCGGCUAUGACCAGGUGCUCCACGAGGACGAAACCACGAACCGCAUGCAUGAAUCCCUGAAGCUUUUUGACAGCAUUUGCAACAACAAGUGGUUCACAGACACAUCCAUCAUCCUGUUUCUCAACAAGAAGGACAUAUUUGAGGAGAAGAUCACGAAGUCCCCAUUGACCAUCUGCUUUCCUGAAUACACAGGCCCCAGUGCCUUCACAGAAGCUGUGGCUCACAUCCAGGGGCAGUAUGAGAGUAAGAAUAAAUCAGCUCACAAGGAAAUCUACACCCAUGUCACCUGUGCCACGGACACCAACAACAUCCAGUUUGUCUUUGAUGCUGUGACGGACGUCAUCAUCGCCAAAAAUCUGCGGGGCUGUGGACUCUACUGAGCCCUGGCCUCCUGCCUAGCCUGCUGCUCACUUCUCCCCUGGAUCCAGAGCUCUGCCACCACUAGGAUGCUCUGUGCACUGAAGAAAAUCCCAGAGGCUGUGCCUGGGGGAGGAGGCGGCAUCCUUUGAGCAUCCCCACCCUACCCCACUCUGGCUGCAUGACACAUGGGAACAGGGUUGGGCAGAGGUGUGGAGCACCACACACAAGGCAGGAAAUGCUGCCCACCACCUGGGUGUUGCUCGCCGGCCAACCAUGUCUCUUAAGUGUUUUACUCCGAGCCUGAGUGAGCAACGCUGCCAUCUGGUUCAGAAUGGUCAUGUCCUGUAUCUGUGCCUCCUAUUUAAAAGGCCUGUGUCUCUUUUUCCCCUAGGUGAUAGGGUGGCUUGCAGGAUGGCCCUGUGACAGGUGCUGGCUGAUAAGGGGACAGUAGAUGCCAUCUCUCAGCUUUCCUUAGGGUCUGUUUGGUAGAGGGCAGUUCUGUCGCCAAACACCAACACAUAACCAAGCCACUUUUGGGGUGCAAAGACUCAGACGUUGGGGAGGGCUUCCCUCCUCAUUCACCUUGGAUCUUGGCCCUUCUCUGCCUUGCCCUUAGACUCCCCAGAAAACUCAGCCCUGACUCCCAUGAACCUGGGAUUAUUCCUUAAGACUGGCCAAUUACAAAAGAGCCUUGGUGGAGAAACAAGACCUGUGCCCCAGAAGUUAGGGUGGGGAGGAAAGUUGAGGGGGCAGGCAACUCCUUCCUGCACAGGUUGAUUUAAGUCCUGAAGGAGCCAUCUGCUGGUUCUGCUCAUACAGGCUCAGCUGCCCUUUUCUUCAGGUCUCAGCCAGAGUAGGCAAGCUUGGGACUGGAAGCUCUUCAGGCAAGCACAGGAGACUGAGCCCUGAAGCCAACGCCCUGCUUUCCUCCACCUCGGUCAAGAAGGCAGGAAACCCUUGGUAUAUUCCUGCUCUAGGGGCAGAAAGCAAGCACACCCUGGAGUGUGCGCUUAGGAGGAGUAGAAACCAACUCAGACAUAUACCCCGCCCCCUAGGGGGAAAGAGCCCUAGGAGCCCAGGGAGGGACUUUACUGCAGAAGUUCCUAAGAAAAGGGGGUGAAAUGGUUUUGGCAGCCCUAGCCUUGGCUGACUUCGGACAGUCAGAACAUUUUCCUGUCAGCUGCUGCAAUGGCCGGUGGUUGAGACAGGCUCGUGUGCUCCUGGCACUGGCUGUACCUAGGGGUGCCAGUGUGUCCACAGAGCAGUGGGGAAAGGUCUAACCUAGAAGGGUCUCUGCCUCCCUCAAGUCCUGUGUUCUCCUGACCUCCACUCUGAACAGUGCUCAGCCCCAGGCCAGGCAGGACCCUGGCUCUCUUUCCCAGUCCCCCUGGCCAUGCCAACAGCUCUGGGCUUGUUGGUUCCAACAAGAACAUAACUCUGGGUGGUCCAGGGAGACACAGGAACCUUCCCCAGUGCCAAAUGCUUGCAGGGGUGAUCCUCUAGGAAGCUCACCCCAGUUUGACUGUCUUGCCACUCCCCCUCAACCCACAUUGUGUACACCGCCAUCAUUUGAGAACCUUGUGCCAGACUCCUGGAGCCCACGGUCUCGGUGACCUGAUGUGGUGGCUAAGGCCGAUUAAGUCAUUGGCCCCACUGUGUGUGACCCCCUGUGUCCCCAGACUAACCCCAAGUUUAAAAACACCUGCAAUCAAGGGAUGUUGGCCAAGCUCCAUCUUUUAAGACCACUUCCGGGGAGAUAGAAGUCACCAUUCCUAUGACCACACAGUUCCCACUUCCCUCAGAUCAUUUCAGUGCAGUAGCUCCCGGCUCCUAUGUGUGUCUUGCACUGCUCUCGGCCCUCCCGCUCUGGCCAUCCCAGAGAGCGCGGUCUUAGGCUGUCUACUGUAGGCCCUCAAGAACACGGUCUGCAGGGGAGUGUCCACCUCUCAUCUGUGUCAUCACCAGCCGUUCUACCAUGGGGGAGUGGUAUGUGGAUAUUAGAUGAGGCGUGGCUCCGUCGUGGCUCUGGGUGUGGGGGAAGCGUUGUAAGUGGCCAGACCAGGGCAAUGUCUCUUGUCUGUAGUGGCCAUGUCAGUGAUCAUCCUACAGUCUCUGAAUGCUCACUCAGCAGGCCAGGAGCCAGUUCCCAGGAAGAGUGCCUUCACCACAUUCGUGGGACCAUGCCUCUUGCCCGUGGGCCAGUCCUGUGCCUGUAUCCGUGACCAUUCCAAGAAUCUUGCCUUUAAACAUGGGUAGAGGUCCCCCAAGUCUUUGGUCUGAGUUGUGGAGGGUACUGUAUUGAACUCUGAUUUGGGGGUGAAGAUAGACUCCUCCCAGUCUAAGCCACUUCCCAGUAGCUCUAGCCUUCAGCCCCCCAUGAUCCCUUCUGUAGAGUCCCUAGAUCCUGGUGCCCUGUCCUUUUGGAUCCUCUUGGACCAGGCAAAAGACCUUCGUUAUUUUGGCCUCCUACUGUUGGGAACUGAAGGCAUCUGACCUGUGUGGACUGCACUGGUUAUCACUGAGAGUCCUCAACCCCAGAACCUGGCUAUCUACAGGCUCCUGCAGAGAGGGCUGACAAUGCUUCACCCCAGCCCUUACCUUCUUCAGAAAGUACUGUUGUAACUGGUAUACCCAUGGUACCCCCACACUACAUGCUACAGCCGGUACUCUGAGGGCAGGGUUCUCUCUCUUCCUGACCCCCCUCCCCUUCUCCAUCCGACCCAGCCUCUUGACAAGGAGACCUACCACACACAGGAGAGACUCAUGAAGCCUCCAGAUCUUGCCCCCCUCCUGGCCCAGUCAUAGCCUGCCACCCUCUUCUGAGGAUUCUGAGGUACGGCGAAUCUUCUAGCUGCCACCACUUCUCUCUGAGCCUCCUGGUAAGCAUCAGAGGCAGCCCCACAGCUCUUGGUGGAGAUCCAGACUGACUACUGGAGGCAAGCACCUUCCAGGCUGUUGAUCCUGUCAGGCUACAAGCUAGAGAAAGAAAGGCCCAGCAUCCCAAAGAACAGGACCCAGGGUGUAAGCAGGCCUCCCCCACACCCCGCCCCUCAGGAGGAAGAGCCUUAUCCACACCUGCUUAGAGAGUGGGGUUGGCCUUAGAGACCAUGCCAGAUGAUGGCCAUGUCAAGGAGGGAGCGGGUGGAAGGAAAGCAGAAGCAAUGGCCUUUAUCCCCAGUCCUGAGCCCUCUAGUGGGAGCAGGCUACCCAGGCACGAAAGGCCACCAGCAGAUACACUGCUCUUCCCAGCGGCUCUCUGCCCACUCCCCACUCCCCUUUAGCUUCUUGCACCAGCCACAGCUGCCUGCCCUGCGUGGGCAGCAGCCCUCCACUUCCCAGUCUUCUUCCUGACUCCUGACUUGACCCAUGUGGCCUAUGCACACCUUCUAGUCCCAGGCCACAGGCCGGGUACCCUCUUUUCCCCUUAGCAGAGCCUUAGGUGCAGUGGCCCCACCUCCUGACCCAUUGCCAUCACCUACCCUCAUUAACUGUCAUUUUGUAAGAAGAAUGACUUGCUGAUUUAAUAAAUACCUAGUUACUGUAAUAAUUUAUUGGCUGCCACAAUGUAUUUAUUAGUCACCCACCAUUAAUAAAAAGUGCCAGCUCUUUCUAGCACGAGUGUGAUGUGUUGUGUCAGUGCCGAGGAGCUUCUGCCAGAUAAACCUACGCGACUGGUUCUCCUGUCCUCCCCAGUGUCGGGACUGCAGGCAGUCUAGCAGAGUAGGCACAGCACUGCUGGGAGCAGGAUUCGGGCCACUGGCCACCCUGCUCACUCCAGGCUUGCUGUGAGGCAGGGGCGGAUCCGUCCUGUGCUGAGCUGCUUCCCACGGCCCUAGCACCCUAGCACCUGGUGUCUCAAGAUCCCUAGGGCCAAGGCGCAAGAUCUGGUGCUGGGUGCUGGUCGUUGUGACAUGGCUUCCUUCUGUUCUCAGCUCUGCUGCCACCUGGGCAGGUAGAGGACUGGGAGGAAUUGAGCCUCAGGAAGGCUCCAGUGGCUCCGUGCGAAAGCGAUGGCAGGCAGGUGGCUGUUGGCCAUCUGUGAUCCCUGACUUCUCUUUUCUCAAUUUUGGCGAUGUCUGCUCUGAAUGUACCUGGCGUCUAUUUCCUCCUGUGAGUACAGGCUGUUGUGCUCCAGGCAUGUUGGUCAUGGGGUCCUGAGGGGUGGCUGUCAGGCUGAGCAUGAAGAGGGUCUCAGUACCGGCGCUCCCCCAGGAGCUUCCCUGCUCACUGCCCUCCCGGAGUUCUGUCCAGCCCUACUGCAUGCCCCAUCCCUCAGAGUUCUGUGUGUGUCCAUUGACGCCAGAAUCUCGGCUAAUUCGUGCUGCUCCCCAGGACCUCAGACCUUGCUAACGCACAAGGUACCACUGACCUAAAAGUGGACUGCAGUGUGGGGGUAGGGACUGUGUGGGGCCGAGAUUCAGAAGGUGGGAAUCCAGGAACCUUGGUGAAUUGUUCUUGAGUCUUCCAAACCUAGGCAUAUCGACCCUUGAGGAGUCCUUCAGCCCUGUCCAUAGCAAGUGGCACCCAACAUUAGCUUGAACAACUCUGGUGACCCCUCUGUGAUUUCUCUCUGGUCCUUAGCAUCCCAAAUGUCUGUACUGUGUCCACCACCACCUGGAGACCCAGUAACUUUUGGGACAAUGUGCAAUGGUUGAGGUUUUGCAUUGGCAGCUAUAGGCCUUGGUGCCCCUGUAGGAUGUUUUCCUCUUGAAGUCUUGGCGUCUCAGAGCUUCCCUGCUGUCGUAUCGGUUGCAGGUGUCACGAUGCUAGGUUCUGAAUACAGGUGCGCAUGGCACAGCUCUCUGAGCAGAGUCCACCAAGGUGGCACGUGAGUCCUGUGCAGAGGACAGGGAGGCUUUAUGGGAGAAUAAGAAUGGAGGUCACUGGCUUUGCUUAGCAGAAUCAAAGGACAGUAAUUGGCUGCAGAUACAAGGGGGCACUAUGUUUUUUCUGUUGUCCAGGGGAUGUGGGAAGCAGCUGAGAACUCGGGCUGUGAACCCCACAUUACUGUCGGCCCUAAGAACAGAGUUCACAGGCUGGGAGAGAUGACGGAAGACAGGGCUGACCCUAAGGCAAGGAGCCAGCCCUGAUGACUUCUUGAAAGGCCAGAUUACCACACUAACUGGAAAAACGGCCCAAGAAGCUCUGGGUGGGGCUCAGGGCCCAGUGCCUGUCUGCUCUGGUUUACUUUUGCUUUCUUGCAGAGCAGGGGAUGGAACCCAGAACCUCCAGCAUGCUAGGCAAGCACUCUGCCUACUGAGCCACAUCUCCCAACACUGCCCUCUGCUCUUCAGGGUCACAGCUACUCGCCCCCUACAGGUUGAUGAGCUGAGGGACCUUAGGCAGAUAGAGUGCUGAGCACAAGGUGGGGCUCAGGACCAGCAGUUGUCACUCUGCCAUCUUAGCUCCUGCUCAGAGGGGAAGGCAGAAUGGCCACGAGGCCUGCAGGUAACCCAGCUCCUGCUCGUUUGCCCCAGGUCCAUGAGCCUCAGCAAUGUCCAGCACCAUCCACACUCGUUCUGCCCUUCUGUUUACUUGCCAGAGAGCUAGUGCGGAUUUCUCAGAGCUUGAGUUCAGACUCAGGUAACGAGCUUUCCAAAACUAGAACAGACUACCUGGGACACUAGGAGAAGUGCCUCUCUCCACACCUCUCUGCAGAGAGGUUCACUAACAGAGCAACAGGCUCCCUAUAACGAGAAACAGGUGAAUGUGCUUGGCUUCUAAAGUAAAACAAUUGGCCUUUACCUGGAGUGAAAGGUCAUUCUCACGAAAGUCGGGCUUUAUUCUGGGUGUCCGUCACAUUCAGCCACUUACAAGUUUCUGUGUACAAGAUAGUAAUUCCUCUCGCCAUGCCUCAGACCUUGUAGGCCAGGUUUAGCCCCAUCCCUGAAAAUGGCCUCACACACUCCUUGAGUGGCCACCCUCAAGGAUGCUAGUAGCAGUCACCCCAUCUUCCUGGCGUGUACCCUCCCACCUGUCAACCCAUGAAAGAGGCCUGACUGGACAGAAGAAAAGGGGGAGGGGCAGAUAAAGUCAAAGCCCAGGUCCCUGACUCCUGUCCCGCACUGUGCUCACACACAUUCUAGGGAGACAAGCACACAGCUUGGGGCUCUGCCAUUCUGAUCCUGGGUCUCCUAACCUCAGCCUCAUCCAGGGAGCCACAGCCGGCUCCCAGACCAGUCUCCCACUGGCCCAGAAUGGUGGGUGCUUGGCGUGUUAGCAUCAGAUGCAUUCCCAACUACAGGCUUUAUCCAUUGACCUCACGGAGGAGCCUGGAGCCCAGGGCCUCCUGGGUGCUGAACGACCCAGUCUCUCUUUACACCUAACUCUCUUCUUCUCUUCCCUGUCUCUGUGUGUCUCUCUCUGUCUCACUCUCUCCCCUCCCC